GGUUUUAAAGAUUAAUUUCAGUGCCAUCCAUACUAAUGUUAUACACUCGAUCUGUCAACUCGUUUGCAAACUAGCUAACAUGAACUCGGUCAAAAUGCCGAAGGUGUCUAAAAUGUGGGUUAGGCCUCUCUCAGUCACACUGGCUGUCCACUGGACUGCAUGUGUUGCUAACUGAACUUCUCGCGAGGGGUUUCCCUCUCUCUUGCAGGGGUUCAGUUGCUCUCGUUGGCAAACUGGACUUCUCUCAUGGCAAAAAAAAGGUUAGUUUCCUCUUGGGUUUUUUUGACCGUCUUUUGUCCAUGACGGCGCCUCGUACAGCAGGCACGGGGGAAGCUGGUGGGCUCGAGUGAACAGGACAGCAGACGCUCGGGGCCGGGUGGGAAACUGUGGCUUUGCACUGACGCUUCCUUAUCUUCAUUUUGAUCUGUGACUCGUGAUUGGGUACACCUACGGUUCAGAAUUUUCCAUUUGGUGCUGCUUUUGUUGACAGUGUUUGUAGCUGUGUCGACGUUGUUUUAUUUAAGGGCUUCAAACACAGUUCAGGUUUCCCCCAACCUUCUUGACAUGCACUUUACUGCUCUCCACUUGCUUUUUUUUUAAACAUGGCAAAUUAAUUAUGGCGAUUAAAACCACACAGUCUCAGAGGUCGUUAGCUUCUUCCUUUAAAUUUAUUUAAAAUCAAAUCAAUUUUAUUUGUUUUCCACUUUUUUUUUUUACAGAAAACUAUCACAAAGAGGCUAUAUGCACACUCUUCCUUUUUGCUGAUGAUGUCACUUUCUCAGAGUUCCAUGCUGACGUCACCCGAGACACUGUUACUCUUAGCAACAUCAGUAACUCAUGCUGUCUCAAUCAUCAAUGCUCUUACAAAAUAUGCCCCUAAAAUCAUCCGUCUUUCAGAGUCAAUGAGCCGUUUUCUUGUAGCAAUGCCUGUCCUACUGUCAUUAACCAGGCAACUCGGCCUUUACGGUUUUUUUUGUGCAUGACCCUACAGCUCUGGAAAAAAUUAAGGGCACACGUCACAUUUUCAGUUUCACAGUUUAUGGGAGGUGUCUGUGUAAAAUUUGACUUUUGGUAUUCUUUCAUGCACCGUUGACCAAAUCUGAUUGCAAUUUCAAACGAAGCUAUCGUCAUUAAGAACACUACCAUACAGUGAAUUACAUCAGCACAAUCUUUUUUAGUGUGUGGGUUUUUUUUUUUAACCGAUUUUUUUAUUGGCAGAUUUUUUUUUUAAAUUUGAAAACCGCAUCAGAUCAAUUGUGUGCAGUCCUGAAGACGAGUUUAAUCCUGGAUGAUCAACUGUCCGUACGGUUAGCUUUGCCAGGAACCGGUGUGCAGUGACCAGCUGUAAUUAACUAAAUGUUCCCCUGAAAAUGCACAUUUAAUGGCUGUCUUACUUUGUUUAAAAAAAAUGCUCAGUCAUAUGUACGAACAGGAAUAAGAUGUCUCCUAAAAGAAAGUAGAGAUUUUAUGAUUGUGAUUGACCACUCUCGUUAAGAGCCUUGACUCGGCAACUGAUUUCACUGACAAUGAGGAGACACACUUCCUUCUUGUACUUCCUUUACCCCCACACCUCCCUCCCCCACAUCAACUGACAUUUCCUCAAUAUGUUCUGAAAGAUAUCUUAAGAUAAAAAUGUUUUUUUCUUUUUUUAAAGUUUUUUUUAAACCGCAGUUGCCAAUGUGUGACCAUGUCCUCUUCCUGUGGGCCUACUUAGAUUUUAAAUGUCUUUUAGGAUCAAACGGUCAUCAGAAGACUAGAUGGUUUUGGCAGGUUUUCAGAAUAAACUCCUGAGUUUUAGAACAGCAUCUGCAGUCUUCAACACAUGAAAUCUUGUGUUCAGAAUUUAAAGACAAGACUGAUCUUGUGUUUUGGUCUCAAAGAAGCGAUUUCUUAACCGUAGUUUCGAUGGUGGACUGCACAGGCUUUUACUCAGGAAAAUUCAUAGAUUUUUUUUUGUGUGUGUGUUUUCUUGUUUGGGUUCUUUCCUGUUCUUUCAGGCCUGAUCUGAAGCCUGUGAUGGCUGUCCGAUCUGACUGAAUGGAACAGAGGCAAGCCCAGCCUCGGCAGGCAGGAAAUGCGGGCGUGGGUUGGCUCGUUCAGGUUUUCCACUGAAGUCAGCGCGACGUUGACUCCAAUGUGCAGUGUGCCUCGCAGACAACUAGCUAGAGAGAGAGAGAGAGAGAGAGAGAGAGAGAGGGGGGGCGGGGGUGGGGGGAUUCUUCACACCUGGGUGACCCUCACAAGGCUGAACACAAGAACACAUUCUUAUUUUAUGUGGCAAACAGAAGCUUCACGGAAAAUAAUUAAACCAAAAUACAGUAAAUAUAUGGUUUAGCAGCUAGACAGAAAGCCUGCCCCCACAGACCACCUCGCCUCCAGGCCACCUGCGAGAAUGCUCUCGGGGGUUUGCACCCCAGGUGGUCGUGGACGUCUGCUCGAAAGGGCACACCGAGACAUUCUGAAAAACCACAUGAUGAUGUGGAGUUUGUUAACAUGCACCAUGACGUUCGCCAGCCUCGCUACCCUGAUUCUGACCGCUCAGACCGGGGCUCUGUCGCACUUUAAUGAAAAACGCCUGGAAGCCCGACUUGGGGAUGAAGUCAUAAUUCCAUGCACGGACCAUGAAGUCAAUCUCCUAGAUGCUUACCGGUGGUUCUACAGGAAAAACAGCCAAGCAAGCAAGCGUGAUAUGAUAUUUCAGAAUAACAAAGCUGGACUGAAUCAUAUAAGCAGUCAUUUAUGGAAAGAAAAGAAAACUCUUCGUAACUUUUCACUGGUCAUCAUGAAUUUCAAAGAAGAGGACCAAGGAAUCUACACCUGUGAGAUCUGCCCAGGUACUGGUCAAGUGUGCACCAAAGGAUUAGACACUUCCCUGCUUCUGAUAAAAGAAUCACCUCCAGCCGUCCCAAAGAGGGUGUACGCGGCUGAGGGGGGUAAUUUUACCCACCCUUGCUACGGCGGGGCAGGGGGCUCGGGCCCAUCGGCUUCAUGGACGUUUCGGCGGUUUGGAGAGCCAUCCCCCGCCCCAUGGUCCCAUCAGAGAGGGGGGCUACAGCCCAAUGGUUCCAUCUUCAUACGGGAUGUCCAGGCAUCAGAUGCUGGGACCUACAGUUGCGUGAGAGGGAGGAACUCUGACCUGACACAGACACUGCUGUCACUCAGUCUGUGUGUGCUCACAGCCGGGCCUGUCGGCUCAAGCGUCAGCCGUGGUUCCCCCCUGACCUGCUCUGUCCAUUGUGACGUGAGCCCGGAGCCCGUCGUUCUGCCCCGGGCCCCGGGUGAAUCCUCUGGAGUUGCCGCGGUUGUCGUGGAAACUGGCACAGUGACCUUCCAAGUGCGUCCCGGAGAGCGCGAGGGGACGGUGGUGUGCUACGCGAAUGAGACGGGAGAAAGCGGGGUAGAGGAUUCCACAUUGCAUUUAGACACAGAAAAUAAUCAGGAAGACGCAAACACAACCCCCCUGGCGCUGUUUUUGUGUGUGUCACUGGCAUCGGGUUUUUGCACGUUGGCUAUUUUUCUCGGUUUUGUGUUUCUGUGUAGACGAAGACUAAUCGCAGCGUUUCCUACAGCCGAUGAGCCGUCUGGUGAUGUGCUUUGCCCUAAGCGCACCAGAGACACGACACCAGAGAUGGGUGAAGCGGCAAUUAUUUAUUCUGUCUUGGAAAUAAAACAGCCCGAAAAAGACCGUGUGCUCGUACGAGAAGAUGGAUGCGUUUACAGUACGAUACAGCACCAGUGAAUUUAGGAGUUCGGAAUAAUUUAUAUCGAAAACUUCUUUCGAAAUUAUUUUUUAAAUAAUUAAUAGUAUGUUUUUUUUUUUGCUAAUGUCAUUUUAGAUGCUAUUGUGGAUUUCGUGGGUUGAAGAAAAAAAAACAAUAAAUUUUAUAAUUUAUAUAUUUUUCUAAUGUAUUUUUGUUUUGCUCUUUGUUGCUCAGUUGUUGAAUAUUUAGUUAAUACUUUAAAUCACUAUUCUACUGAUUUUGAGCACUAGUUCAGCGUCAUGCGCGCACAUGCGCAGACGGGCAGCGGCGAAUUUAACCGAAGAACGACAGGGUAGCAGAACGUCGGACGCAAGGAAGCUAACGAAUAAUUUUUUUCCCAUAUCCCCAUCAUCCGCAUGUUUUUAAUUUUAAGCGUUUAUAUGGGAAAGAGACAGAGUGUAUUGUACACCAUCCAG